AUGAAGUCACACUCCUCCUUGUGGCAGCAACUCCUACGAGCGGGGAUAUAUGUACUAUUUGUGGCUAACGUCAAUUCAUCCGAUGUGACAAUCAGCGUGCCUACCGUCAACAGUGACGCACAAGUUAUCGAUGCGGACUUUUGUGGCUUCGCUUUUGAGCAGGCAUCAUUCGAGGAAUACGCCGUGGACGUCGACGGCAAUGCUAAUCAGUUCUCAGUGAAUCUCAUCAACGCCAUUACCUCUCGGACGGGCGGUAAACCCAUCAUUCGUCUUGGCGGCACCUCUGCAGACUAUGGAAGAUUUGAUCCCCGCCAGUCCGCGCCGGCACUUCCCAAGGCCGAGCAGGAUAACUACCAGAACGUAGGCGGCACAACCAUUGGCCCUUCGUAUUGGGAAUUGACAAGCGGCUUUUCCGAUGCGCAGUACAUUAUUCAAGUUCCUUUGGCUACCACAAAUGUCAGCGAGACCAUCGCCUGGACGCAAAGCGCCGUCGAUGCCAUAGGAUGGGACAAAAUCCAAGCCAUCGAGAUCGGCAACGAGCCAGAUCUCUACAGCGAUACCAUGACUGGAGCCAAUGGUAUCGCGCUGCAACCGCCCGCGUAUCAGGGGACGCUGAACAACGAAACUUAUGUGGGCAACUACACCAAGUUUGCCGCCGCCAUUGCCGACGCGGUUGCCCUGCCAGACGGCCGCGUCCUCCAGGCCUUUGACGUCUCGACUCACUUUGGUGCUGCCGUUGCAAAGGAGGCAUACAUUCUCGACGUGGAGACUUGCUUUGGCCUCGGCAUUGACGCUGACAAUCGCAUCAAGACUGUUGCUCACCACUACUACCAGAACAAUGCGGGCGACGCCUCGACACUCGCCACCGGGCUAAUGAACAUGACAGCCACGCACGCGCACCUGGAUCAAUUCCAGCGCCGGAUCUACUGGCUUCGGACCAACGAGCCCGACAUUGCGUUUGUGCUCUCCGAGGUGGGCAACUCGCUCGAUGCCACCAACAGCUACGGAUAUCAAGCACGUCUAGGCUCGGCUCUCUGGCAGGCUGACUUUUAUUUGUACGCCAUGAGCAUUGGUGUCGCACGCAUCAAUUACCAACAAAUCAUGCAUGCCGGUUACGACAUGUGGCUCCCCGUCGCGAGUGCCGGGCUAGAGGCGCAAGUAUUCGCCAACUUCUACAGUCAGCCGUUUGUCGCCGACUUCAUCGGCGCAUCGGGUUCGACGACGGUACAGCAGUUGGAGAUUGAUCACGGGGAGGAGAAGCCGAAUCUGGCUGCUUACGGCGCCUUUGAACAAGGAUCGCUCAAGAGAGUUGCCAUUUUGAAUCUGCAAUACUGGAACGAGACGACUUCUGGCACGCAGAGGCCAGUCACGAGUAUCGACUUGAGCGUGCCCGAAGGCACAACGAAAGCGAUCGUCCAAAGGCUCGGAAGCUCUGCUGGUGCCGGAGCCGGGGCAGAUACCAUCACGUAUGCUGGCAGUCAGUGGACAUAUGAGAGUCUCGGUUUGGAGGUACAAGACGUCCGAAACGAUACGUCGACUAUUGAAGUGGUCGAAGGUGUGGUGACGAUUAGUGUAUAUGACAGUGAGGCUUUGUUGGUAUCGUUGACGUGA